AUGGGGGAAACUGAAGAAGCCGUCAGCAGAUUCCUCAAGUCGAUGCAGUGCAAACUCAAGUUUCUCCAAACUCAAGGUGUGAUGGACAUGAGCGAAAGACUGCACAAGUCCAUCCCUCACGCCAGUCUUGCGUGGGCCUCCAUGUUGAUGGUCAAACUGUAAGUUUAAGUUGUUUUUGGGAUGUGUUUGAGUGGCAUAGUUAUCAAAUAUUUACCACAUUUUUACUAAUUUUUAAACAUUUUAGGCGACAAUCUUCAACUUUACUCAAAGAAGAUGCAAUUUUCUACAGGAUCCUAAAGAACGCUCCAGAACUCAAGUACGAAGAUCUGGUAUGCGAUCUACUGUAUCAGUUCAAGUAUACGGUAACUGGACUUAGCGUGGCGAGGGAAACGGAAGAAGCCAUCAGCAGUUUCCCCAAGUCGAUGCAGUGCAAACUCAAGUUACUCCAAACACAAGGUGUGAUGGAAGUGAGCGAAAGACUGCACAAGUCUAUCUUUCACACCAGUCUACAUCAAGUCAUUCACGCUUGGCAGCUGAAAAUACUACCCUUGGCAGAAUAA